AUGAGCCUAAUAGGUCUAAUUGACGAGUUCGAAGUCGCAAUCAAUCAGAAUCCGUAUCUACCAGAAAACUAUGACAAAAUAUUAAGUAGGCUCCAAGUCUUUCCUGACACUGCUCUACUAAUCAACAAGAUUUACAAGGAAAAAGUGAAAUACUUUAGGCUUCGUCAAUCGGAACUUAACAACUGGCUAUUUGAACUACGAACCAUUGAGGACGUUCGAGAGCGAUCCACCUUGGAGUAUGCAUUUUAUGAGACAAUAAUUGAUGAUUACCCAACUGUAAAUAUAGUGACUGCAAUGCUAGAGUUGGCCAGUCAACUAUUAUCGAAUGAACAAAUUACUGAAGAUGAAUAUCGAGCAUUGGUUUCUAAAGGUCUCAAGCUUUGCGGAUAUGAUUUUGUCAACGGGAAUGAUAUUUGGAGGGUAAGCUUGGACUUGCUUUUGCAACGUUUUCUCAAAAGUAACGACGUCACCGACUUGGAUACCUUGAUCAAGUUGCAUUUGAAAAGGUUGAGUUACCCUCUCCAACAAUUAGAUGAAUCAUUUGAGGAGUUUUCGUCAUUGGUUACCAAAUACAAGAUCGAAGAUUAUGAUCAAUUGAUUCAAGUUGCAAAUAAAGUGUACUCCACCACUAAGCAGAAGUUACCUCAUUAUGAAAAGUUUGAAUUGCAGAUUAAGGAUGCACCCGAUAACUUUGCUCUAUGGGUUGAGUACAUGGAGGCCGUUUAUAAAUAUCAACCCAACUUCACCCACAUUUUAACAAUACUCGCAAGAGCAACACAAACUGACCUUUCCUUUUCAAACAAUGGCCAGCAACUUUGGAUGUCAGUUCUUUACAUGUUAUACUCCUCAGAGGAUGUAGACGACAUAGUCUUGACCUCGUUGCUUGAGCGGUAUCUCAGAACAUUUCCAUAUUCCUGCGCUGCAUAUGCCGAAAAUAUAAAGAAUUGUAUUGCAUUAAAAGAGGCUGGCAGGCAGAAGUUCAUUGACAUCGAAAACAGAAUCAGAGCAAUUGAUUUGCGAGGAAGUUCUGACUAUAUAGAUUGGAAGCUUGUGGCGCUUUCUAUGAUGCAUUAUAAAUACCAAAUUGGAUUGGCCCAAGACAGCUUUGAGUCACUCGAUUAUGUAUUUGAUACUAUGGUCAAGUAUGCAUUGGAAAAUAGGGAUCGUUUCCACUCCGUGGAGAAAUUGGCAGUUUCGCUAUACAUCUCGUUGGGCAAGUUUUCUCGUGCAAUGGAGGUGAUUUUAUCAAUGUUUCAAACUUUCCCAACAGAAGCAAGCGUCUGGCUAUAUGGAAUUCGUUGCUUCAUUGAGCACGAUGUUGAUCAAGAGCGUAUAAGGGAAACAUUUAAGAAAGCUUUGUCGCUUUCUGAUAAACUCGACUCGCCUGAAGAUUUGACGGAAGAAUGGCUAUUGUUUGAACAAGUGCAAGGAAAUAUUGCUUCUUACAGAAAAGCUGUAAUUGUUUGCAACAAAACUCUACAAGCGUUUGUAGAAUCCAAGGCGAAGGAAGCUCCCAUGCAACCGGUUCUACAUGUUGACAGAAAGAGAAGUCACGAUAUGUCAGAAGAGCUCAUGAGAUCAAGGGAGGAGUUUGCAGUUCAAGUGAACAACUUACCCGUUGAUGCGACGGAACAAGAUUUAAAAAACUUCUUCACUGGUUGUGGUGAGAUCCGUGAAAUAUACUUUAUCGAACUCAACGGCACGAAACAGGCCGUGGUUGAAUUCUCCAAUGAGCUUGAUGUGUUUUCAGCAAUGACACGAACUCACAAGUAUAUCGGAUCUAAUGAGAUAACUGUGGUAAAAGUGGAAAAGACCCUUUUGUUUGUCAACAACUAUCCCAGCACAUUCAGCCAACAGGAUGUGAGAAACAUGUUUGCACUGAUUGGCCCAGUAGUCAGCAUUAGAUUCCCAUCACAACUAAAAAACAAAGUCCGUAGGUUUUGUUACGUACAGUUUGCUAGAUCCCAAGAUGCUGAAAAGGCAAUUGCCUUAUACGAUGGGCAGACAUACCAAGACGAGAAUCUCCACCAGGUGUUUUCUUGGGAAGUAAAGUACUCAAGACCUCAAGAGAGGAAGGAUCGAACUACACCUAUUUCUGAACGUAAGCUCCGUGUGUCCAACAUAGCCUUUUCAAUUACGGAGGACGAGUUGAGGAACGAGUUCUCGCAAUGCGGUGAGAUUGACCUGAUAGCUAUGCCCAAGGCUGUCUACGAUACUAAGAAGCGUCGCUUAAAACAUAAUGGUGGAUUGGCUAUAAUUACUUACAAGGAUGCAAGUAGCGUCGAAGAUGCAUUAAAGAAGAACGGAGUUGCCUUGAAAGGAAGGACCAUCAAUGUUUCCAAGCAACAGCCCCACACCAAUUGGACACCUGACGACUUUGACACAAUUAGAUCUAUUGGUCUCGCCAAUUUAGACCCUUCAUUAAACACGUUUCAAGUGAAAAAUCAUUUGGAGAGAAAUUUUGGACAGGUAUCGAAAAUACUUUUGUUGCCCAAUUAUGGAUCAGCCUUGGUUGAAUUUGUGUCGGCCAAAGACAGUGGUAAGAUAUCGUUAGGUUUCAGUACGAUACAGAUUGAUAACUACCAGGUUCAAGUCACCACUAAGGAAUCAAUAAUCGGUGUUAUCAACUCAAGCUCCAUUAGCAAUAAUACUGAACCUGAUCCAAGUGAGUCCAAUUCCAGACCUGUGUUGGUCCCCACAUCUAUCAAAAGAAGAAGAGUCUAA